UCAGUUUGUGCGCAUGAGCACCAAGUGAAGCAAGCUGGUGGCGGACACACGAACUACAAAGAGAAGAGUGAACGAAAGAUAGGUUACGGGAAUCCGUCGUGUGGGUGAUCAUUGUUUAGUGUGCCGUUCAACAGUGGAAAAAAGGCUAGAAAGUUUACUAACUAGCUCGCUUUGGAAAGUGGUAUUUCUCGUUCAAAUGAAAAACAUCCGCAUCGUGGUAAACAAUUGAGGCAUCUGCGCUGUGCAUUUCAUCAAAACGAGCACACUCGGGUUACCGCUGGUUCCACCGCGGGUUACCGUGCCGACACCGCGCUGCUGUCAGUGCCGGGCAGACUGAGCUGAGUGGAUAAUGCGCUUUACGGCUGGGAGAGAGCGGCGCGUGGGAGAGCUCGGCACGGGCCUCAUGUGUGUCCUGUGAGACUGGCUCUGUCCUGCUCCCCCGGCCAAACUGGAGAUCUGGGCCAGAUCUGAACUCAGCAAGCGUUCCUCUCCUCUCCUCUCCUCUGCCGGCCAGGUUGCAUGGUAACCUGGACUUGGUGCAUGGCAUUUGCAUGACUGCGCUAAAUCUGAGUGUGGAACUGACUGCCAUCAGCCGCACCCAUGGCGCAAACAACGCACGUUAACGGCAACACCUCAGAAAGAGGAGAGCGAGGUGCGAGUGCAGAAGAUGACCCCGGGGCCCCCUACUACCUGGAGACCCCGUACGGCUUCCAGCUAGACCUGGACUUCCUGAAGUACGUGGACGACAUCGAGCGGGGCAACACCAUCAGGAAGCUGAACAUCCAGCGGAAGCCCAGGGUGGCGAGGGCCGAGGCGGCGGCGCGGAGCGCCUGGGCCUCCACCGACUCCCUGUCCUCUUCCAACAGCGAGGAGAGCAAGCAAUCCCCACUGUUCUACCCCGCCCGGAGCCAGAGCCAGCGCAACCCCGCCCAGGCCCGCCCCCCGCCCGUCCAUGAGCCCCCCCUGCCCUUCGUGAGCGUCCCAGAGGGCAAGCUCCUCCCGCCCCCCUCCCCCAGAGUGCCCCGACACAACCUCCAGGUGGAGAAGACUCUGAUGGAGACUCGGUGGAGGCUCGAGCAGGAGCGACUGCUCCUGCACCCCCCUGCUAGUGAGCCCCCGCCCCGUAGGCGGCUGGCCAGUUUCGGGGGGAUGGGGUCCAGCAGCUCCCUGUCCUCCUUCACGGGCUCCAGCGGGCCGAACCAGAUCUCCCCGAACUCCCACCCACUCCUCCUCAACGGACACCUUCCCAACGGGGACUACAACCCGUACUUCACCUCCUCCAUGGGCAGCUCCAUCCGCCAUAGCCCCCUGAGCUCCGGGAUGGCCACCCCCGUCACCAACGUCAGCCCCCUGCACCUGCAGCACAUCCGGGACCAGAUGGUGGUGGCCCUCAAGCGGCUGAAGGAGCUGGAGGAGCAGGUGAAGGCCAUCCCCAUCCUGCAGGUCAAGAUCUCCGUCCUGCAGGAGGAGAAGAGGCAGAUGGUGGCCCAGAUGAAGAACCCCAAGCUCUCCAACCAGAACCAGGCGGGCGGCGGAGUUUUCCGGAAGCGCUCGUACAGCGCCGGGAAUGCCGAGCACCUGGAGGAGCUCUCGCAGAUCCGGAAGGGCCUGGAGCUGCACAUCGACUCAGAAGAGGAGCCAGAGAACGCGGAGCAGUGCUCCCGGAGGCUGGAGGAGUUCCGGCAGCUGACGGAGGAGAUGCAGGCCCUGGAGAGGAAGAUCCAGGACGGCGGCGAUGAGACGCCGCUACGAGGCCUGGCCCAGAAGCCGGAGCGGAAGCCGAGGCGCUGGGACGGGGGCCACAAGUCCAUCGCUGUGGGCACAGACGAGAACAUGAACGACGUGGUCAUCUACCGGAAGUCGUCCGGGCGGGGCGGCAGGGACGCGGCGGUCCAGACGGAGAGGGGGGACACCCGGAACGCGGCGGUGGGUGUGACCGAAGCCAUGUUGGGUGUCGUCUCUGAGAGCGAGGCGGAGAUUGAGAUGCAGCACCAGACCAUCGAGUCCCUGAAGGACAAGAUCUACAGGCUGGAGGUGCAGCUGAAGGAGACCACGCACCAGGUGGAGAUGGGCAAGCUGAAGCUGGAGCUCCAGGCGGCGGGAUCGCGGAAGAAGGUCGACAAAGCCUCCAUGGCCCGGCCGGACACGUACAGCACGGCCGUGGAAGCCAAGGUUCAGACGCAGAGCCAAGGGGUUGGGAGUCACACGGACGUUAGGGACUCCUCCACUGAGGGUAUCCUUCAGACUCUUGCGGUGGCCGUAUCGUGUCAGCCCGAACUGAGGCACGUUGCUGUGGGUCCAGAGGUUCUUAUGGAUCGCUGGGUUGUACGAGAAAAAACAGAGACCCUAGAUAAGUGUGUUGGCAGCCAUGUUGUCAUGUGUAAUCAGAGUGUAGGAGGGGAGAUAAGUGUUUGCGAAAUAGGAGUCAAUACGGAGGACACUGUGGACAGUAAAGGCCUUUGCAGAACAGAGCAGGUCAAGGAAUGCAGGUCGAUCGGAUGUGGGGAUUGUUCAGUGGAUGUGACCGUUUGUCCUGUAAAGGAGCUGGCUUCUUUGGGCACGGUUACUGACCAGGUCAGCCGAGCAGACUUGGGAGUCAUGGCGACCCCUCAGACAACGUCCCAGCUCACGAACACCGCAACGGACGCUGCAAGCAAGUUCACCAACACGGACAGGACAGUUUCCAUGGACACCGGCACCAACACCGUCCUCAGCACAAGGGAAAAGCACACCAGCACGGCUCUGACUGAAACCAGGACGGUUGCCGUGGGAGAUGGACGCGUGAAGGAUGUUAACUCCGCUCCCAAAACACGUUCGGUUGCGGUCGGGACCUCUGCUCCAGGGGAAGUGCCCCAGGACCGGCCAUCCGUGGCAAAGACCAAAGAGAUCGGUGUCGGGCUGACCGACGUGAGGGAGAACUUUCUGGUGGGCCAGAAAACUAGAACCAUUGCGUGUGGGCCCUCGCACCUGACCGACUCUGCCCACAUGAAGAACGUCUGGGCUGGGGAGGGAAUGGUUUCAGGGGUGGCCAAACUCCAGCAGCAGCCGGCAACAACGACGAUGAUGCCGGGCGGACUGGACCACUACAUCGAGCGCGUGCAGAAGCUCCUGCAGGAACAGCAGGCCCUCUUGGCGGAGAACUACAGCGAGCUCGCCGAUGCCUUCGGACAGCCCCAGUCUCAGAUCGGCUCCAUCAACAGCCAGCUGGUCCACACGCUGUCCUCCAUUAACUCUGUGGUGAAGUACGCCAGCGCUGAGGAGCUACGCAGCAUCGACAUCCCCCAGCUGGGGCCAGAGUCUACUAGUGCCAACAAAGACGCCGAGCUGCCGCAGAUGGCCAUCGGAGCUGGGACCCAGGCUGCAGCCGUGAGGUCAGAGGUCACCCGUGAUGAAAGCGUGCCUCUGGCGCCCUCUGCUGGUAGCUCCAGGCCUCCCACGCACCAGCAGACCGCAGCCAUGCAGAAAAGCCUGAUGGACCAGCAAAUGUCUUCUGCUCUACAUGGGGAGCCCUGCGGCCAGGGCGCGCUGAAGUCCAUCAUGAAGAAGAAAGAUGGCCGACAGAGCUCCAGUGGCACCAAAAAGAACCUGCAGUUUGUGGGCGUUAAUGGAGGAUACGAGACCACGUCCAGCGACGACUCCAGCUCAGAGGACAGCAGUUCGUCUGAGGAAGAGGAGGAAGAGGAGGAGGAGGCAAAGGUGUACGGAGGGCAGGAGGGGCUGGAAGGAGAGGAGUUGAAUAAUGAGGGAGCGGCGGAAGUGGAAGAAGGAGGAGAGAAGCAGGAGAUAAGAGAGAGGUAUGAGCUGAGUGAGAAGAUGCUGGCAGCCUGCAGCGUGUUGAAAAACCACCUCAGUGAAUCCAAGCCUUUAACCGGCAAAGAUGUGAGGACGUGUCUGAACACGGUGCAGCAGGAGUGGUUCCGCGUGUCCAGUCAGAAGACGGCAAAGCCGGGCAUGGUGGAGGACUUCCUGUCGGCCUUCAGGGCCGUGUCCCUGGACGUCCUGCGUCACGUGGUCAACAUGGCCGACGCCAACGGCAACACUGCGCUGCACUACAGCGUCUCCCACUCCAACUUCGACAUUGUCCAGAGGCUCCUCAACGCAGACGUGUGCAACGUCAAUCACCAGAACAAGGCGGGCUACACUCCCAUCAUGCUCGCUGCUCUGGCCGCAGUGGAGGCGCCCAAGGACAUGAGCGUGGUGGAGGAGCUGUUCAGCAAGGGAGACGUCAACGCCAAAGCCAGCCAGGCCGGGCAGACGGGGCUGAUGUUGGCGGUCAGCCACGGGAGGAUGGACAUGGUGAAAGCCCUCCUGGCGUGCGGGGCGGACGUUAACAUCCAGGACGACGAGGGCUCCACCGCGCUCAUGUGCGCCAGCGAACACGGGCACGUGGAGAUCGUCAAGCUGCUGCUCGCCCAAUCAGGCUGCGACGCCACGCUGAAUGACAGCGACGAGAGUAAUGCUCUCUCAAUCGCUCUGGAGGCGGGACACAACGACAUCGCCAUGCUGCUGUACGCCCAUGUCAACUUCUCCAAAGCGCAGUCUCCGGGGACCCCCCGCCUCGGGAGGAAGAUGUCCCCCAGUCCCACACGGAGAAGCGUGUUUGAUUAAGGCCCCCGAAAUCCCCAGCCCCGCCUCCCAACCCCGCACCCACGCUGCUAUUGGUUCACGUUUGAGGGAGCCCAGGGUUGUUCUCUGGAAAACUGUCUGCAGGGAAUGUGUUUUGGCUGGACCAAUCAGGCGGCCCUGUCAGGGCAGGCAGCCAAUCGGGUUUGUGCUCGUAACAGCCAAUCAAACACUUCCUCUGACAGUGUUAAUUUUCACAUGGACACUGCAUUACCCUUACCCCCCACGGAGACAUUCCGUUGGCGUAUUUCACAGAUUUCCGCAAAAAUUCCAGAAAACAACUCUGGGCAACUUUUAACCUGGACGCGUACUGAAUGUAUUCAAAAGUUCCACUUGUGCCUGAUCUCACCAGCGUAUGUCAGCAAUAGAGGAAGAUCCGAUACUGUGCCGAUUUUCACACGGACGUGUUCCUGGCGGUCUUUAGUGUGGUCUGGCCCUGUUUUUAUUCAGCAGGUCUACGGAGGAGAACCCCAAAAGUAUUAAGUGUCAGAGGAAGGUUUAAAAUGUGGAAGUCUUUCUCUUGUUACCUGUGAUAUAUUUUCUGUGUGUAGUGUACAGACAUGGAUCUGUACAUAUCAUUUCUGUGACUAUAUGCACACACACACAGAUGCACAUGCGGACACACACACACACACACACACGCACACACACACACACUCACAUAUGCACACACGUUCUCACACACACACUGACAAACACAGAAGCAUGCACGCACACACACUCACACGCUUAUAAAAACACACACACACGCACACGCACACACACACACACUCACAUAUGCACACACGUUCUCACACACACACUGACAAACACAGAAACAUGCACGCACACACACACGCACACGCACACACACGGAAACAAACACACACACACAUACACACACUCACAAACAGAAACACGCACACACUCACACGUACUCAGAAAAAGAAACACACACACACACACAAACACACGUAUUAGCAUGAACUCCCUCUGACUUCUCUGUCUCUUGGGGUUUGUUUCCCAGCUUCCUCCAGGACAGAUGUGAAUUUAUCCGCUUUCCAUACAGCUUUAUCGCUAUACAUAUUUUAGAUGGGAUAUAAGAUUUAACUUUUAUAUACAGAUCCUUUCUAUCUAUUUAAAAAUCACAGUAUUUUGAAUAUUCCUUAUAAACAAGUCAUGAAAUAUUUAUCGAUUCAUAGUUUUUAAUCCAUAUUUUAAUAUUGUAUUGCAUUGUAUAUACUGUAUGUUUCGGAUGAAUUAGAGGUGCUAGGCAUGUUCUCUGGUCUUAUGUACAAUUUAUAAUAAAUUGUCCUUUCUUAGUGUAACUAAGGUACUUUAAUAUUUUUAUCUGUUUGAAGUGCCUUCAGAUUGCCAUAUAAUAAGAUUAAACUGCAUUAAACGUACAUGGGUGCUCUUUAAUCCAAGCUCUUCAACCUCUUAAUGUCGUGUAAUUGUCCUUCUCCCAAAAGCUGUAAACUUUUAUUUCCUUGCUUGUCAUGAAAUGUUGGCUUCUCCGAGCGCAUUGUGCCACCGAAAUACAGCUCACUGUGUCCCCCUGCUGGUGUCAAUUGGUACUUACAACCAACGCAAUUUAUUUCUCUGGAUGGAUUGAAUAACAAACACCAUUUUCAUUUGCAGUCUGGUAAGCAAAUCGGUUUUUUCUCUCCCUGCGUCUCGGUGAGAAAAGCUAUCAGCACUAUUUCACAGAGACAGAUUCGCUAGUUGCAGUAUUAUGCAGAGAACACAAGUACUUUAUAGAACACUUGAUAUUUCAUGGUACUCUUUAUGUAGAAAUCGGUUGUGUUUAUCAAAAUGUUCAGUGCUGUUAUCGCACGGCUUAUGUUCUUUAUGUAGUUGUAUUACAAAAGUGCAAAUAAACAUUUUAAAUCACUACACCUGA